AUGUCGCAAGGCGCGCAACCGCCAGAUGGGCGGCUUUACGGCCGUGUCGUCAUAACAACGCCAGACGAGUGGAGGGGCCGGCGGGGAAGCGUGAGCCGCCUGGAUCCGUCCUUGGCGCGGUCGGUGCUUUUCGCGGAGGCGCUGCUUUCGACUGCGACGGCGUCUGUGGCGCGGCGAGAGGCGGCGGUUCCCGGGGCGGCGGAGGCCCUUCGCUCUUGGGUCCGGCUCCGGGAGCCAUCGCGCCGCGCUCCUUGCUACGUGACGAACAACUCCUCGCGGACGCGGGAGGCCUACGUCGAAGUCGGCGCCUGGCUUCCCUCCGGCGGAGCCCCGGCAGUCUUCGGCUCGGCCUUCUGCGCCGCCCGCUUCCUCCGCCGCGCCCUCGACGGCGAACGCGAUUCCGCCUCGGUUUUCGUCUUGGGCGGGCGCGCCCUGAGCAAGGAGCUGGAGUUCCGCCGGGUGCGCCACUCGGGUGCGGCCCUUCCCCGCCCCGGACUCCGAGCUCUUCGCGCCAGGCCCCUCGAGCCCUCCGUCCGGAGCCGUCCUGGUCGGUACGACGAGCACUUCAGCUAGGAGCUGUGCCUCGCCCUGCGGUACCUCCUCCGGGGAAAGUGCCUCUUGGUCGGAACGAACAGGGACACAGGCUGCCCCUCGAGGGGAAGCGCCGUCCCGGGCACUGGGUGUCUUGUCAAAGCGGUGGAGACGGCAGCCGGGGAAGCCUUCAUCGUGGGCAAGCCCAGCCGCUACAUCUGAUGUGUGGCGAACGAGUUCAAGAUCGACCCUGCCGCACAAUCAUGUGGCGACCGCCUGGACACAGACAUCCUGAUGGCAACAACUGCGCCUGACCCGCUUGACCCGACGGGGGUCACCACCCUGGAAGAAGUGCAAGGCCACUUAGGGAGCAACUGUCCGGCGGAGAAACCUAUCCCUGACUACUAUGUCGAUAGCAUAGCUGACCUCCUCCUGCCCUCCAGGAUUAGGAAAAGGAAAUGAUUCCAGAUUGUAAAGGCUUCAUGCAACAAGCGUGAGGAGAGGCACUGUGAUCUUUUGCCAGACGAAAUAGCUUGGAAGCCAAAGAUGGCAGGUGCACUUCAAGAAAGGAUGGGAAAUGAUGUUGACAAGCUGAC